GCGAGCGGACGUACGUUGCGCCUGCCGGAGAUUCUUCGCUGCCGAGCUGUUCUCUUAUAUAUUACAUUGCUACAGAAACACACAAACAAACAUAUACGCGCACAUACACACCUGUACACAAAUCGAGCGGGCAAAAAUGUUGGAGCACGCGCGCGCAAAACUCGAACCAAAGCAAAACGAAUCGAAAAGUGCUUCAAAAUCCACGUGAAUCGGUGCAUAGGCAAUCGGGCGAAAGUAAAACGAAUAUAAAAAUCAAAUCGAAUCAAAUUUGAGGCGAAAUUAAAGUGGAGUUUUCUUUAGAGGAAAAAUCAAUGCCGCUAAACGUAAACUGACGACGACGCACAGAUACACACGCACACCAAACGCACACGUGUGUCUCCAAUACAAACACAACCACACACCGACGCACACGGACAAACGGCAAAAGCCUAACAAAGUGAAAGUAACGGAAUUGGCAAGCCAAAAGAGAAGGAGCGAAGGAGCAACAGAAAUCCUCGUAAAUUUUGCAUUGCCUACUUUCCAGCGGAGAGAACUAAAUUCUUUGAGUGAAUUCCACUGCUGCUGCUGAUGCCUGAUGGCCUGGUCACUGUGCCAAGUCCUCUGUGCGAGCGAGUGAGUAAGUGAGACUGUGUGUGCGUGCUUCUUUGGCUGUUUCCAAAAGUCGGUCAUACUAAAAACACAAACAACAACAGCGCCAGGCAGAGCAAGGAAAGGCGGCAACUGCAGCCGCCAACGAUACAGCGCCAGCAUCAGCAGCAGGAGCAGCAACGGCCACCUGAGCAAAGAUAAACACGCAAAACAAAGCAAAGUGGGUCAGUGUGCGAGGCAGCGGUAGCCCAUUCAAGGGGUUUUCAGGUGGUGGUGGAGGAGGAGGAGGUGCAACACCAGCUGCAUCUUGAGGAGGCAACGACAUGUGCUGAUGGACAUGUGUGCAACGGCAGUAGGCGGCACACUCAAAGGCUCAACGGCAGACAGAACAAAGGUUGCGGCGCCCAAGCGGAAAUUAACUUCUGGUUGAUUUGAGGCUCGUGGAACUCGCUGCCCCAGACAAUGGCGCCAGGCAACAAAAGUAACAACAAUAGACACAAAAGCACAGCCAGUGCCAGGAGCAACUUCCGUUGCAGCUGCCUUUACGGAGCAAACACCAAAGUUGGCGGCAGAACUGACUCCGGAUCGAACGAAGGACAACAGAAGCAGCAGCAGCAGCAGCAGCAGCAUCGGAGGCAGCAACAAAUCUAAUUACGGAACAACAAUAAGGUCAAAACUUGGAUGUUGUCCAAGGGAUGUUGAUGUUGCUGAUGAUGAUGAUGAUUUUGCUGCUGUUGGUGAUGGUGAUGGGAAUGCCAACGCACACUCAAACGUUCCCCUUUGUGUUGCCUAACGGAAAUGAGGCGCUACAUGUCGCCCCCAGUCAGCCCAGACGUUGCUGCUGGCCAAUCUGAAUUGCUCGCGUCAGUGAGCGAGUAACAGGCGAAACUCCGAUUACAAAUUCUCCCAGCUGGAAUCUGCUGGAAUUUAAUUAAAGCGCAAAAAAGCCGGAACACGAGUCGGAGUCCGAGAAAACGAGUCAAAGUAGGGCGAUUGCCCAAGAGGCGUGGCGUGGCGGCGGGUGGUGGCCAUAAAUCCAUGCCCCCAUCCAUGCUGCAGGCUGCUACUCCGCUGCAACGAUUGAGCGGAGCAACGACACUGUCCAAUUAGUUGCUGCAAGAGCCACGAGCGGCUAUCAUUUGGGCUCCAUUGAACGUACUACCCGGUACACCGCUGCCUCACUGAUGACUGCGGCCAAAAGACGUGCGGGCAGCAGCAGCAGCAGCAGCACCAGCAACGAGCAGCAGUCCCUUCAGCAGCAGCAGCAGCAACAGCCACAGCAUCUGACCAGACAGGAUGGGGACUCGCAGGCACAGGGACACCACGAGUACCAGCAGUUGCUGCAGCAUCCCCACCACCACCACCACCACCACCAUCAGCACUACGGUGUCGGAGGAGGAGGCGGCAAUCACCCACAGCAAUACCACCAGCAGCACUCACAUCCCCAGCAGCAGCAGCAGCAGCAUCCUCAUCAGCACACGAAUCCUCAUCAGGCGACACUGCGCGAUUGCUCUGUCAAAUUGCCGCUGGAUAUCCUAUGGCUGCCAAAGUCGGCGAUGCGACCGGUGGGCCCGGAUGCCUCGCACACGGACUGCAUCCUGGUGGUGGGCGUCUCCCGUCCAAAGCUUGCCGUCGUCUUCCUCACGGUCAUGCUGAUCUCACUGUUCCUCACCUUCCACGUGCUGUACGACAGUGCCGUGUACAACAUCCAGGCGGCCCAGGCCGUACACGAGAGGCAUCGCCUCUCGCUGGCAGCCUCCGCCUCCGCCUCCGCAUCAGCCCUUUCCGGAUCUUCAUCGGCCAGUGGCGCCUCCUCCUCCUCCUCCGCAUUCGCUUCGUCAUCCAACCAUCUGCCUGCUUUCGUGAAGCCAGUGCCCAGCGCGAAUCAGCUUAGCCAUCCCAUGGUAUUUCCCUCCAGUCGGGUGCACUUUCCCAAAACCAGUCGCCGUCUGCCGCAGGCCCUCAUAAUUGGUGUGCGAAAGUGCGGCACGAGGGCACUGCUGGAGAUGCUCUAUCUGCAUCCGCGCAUCCAAAAGGCCGGCGGCGAGGUGCACUUCUUCGAUCGGGAUGAGAACUACCUGAAGGGCCUGGAAUGGUAUCGCAAGAAGAUGCCGCACUCCUUCCGCGGCCAGAUAACCAUCGAGAAGAGUCCCAGCUAUUUUGUGUCGCCAGAGGUGCCGGAGCGAGUGCGGGCCAUGAAUGCGAGCAUCAAGCUGCUGCUGAUUGUGCGGGAGCCGGUGACCAGAGCCAUCUCGGACUACACCCAGCUGCGCAGUCAUGCGGCAACUGCCAUCCUGCCGCUGGCCGAGCGGGAGAGCUCCGGCAGUGGCGCAUCCGCAUCCGCAUCCGCGGCUGCCGCCCAGCCGCCCAAGAUGCCGUCACACUCGCUGCUGUAUGCCAAGCUGCAGGCGGCUCAUGGCUAUGACAAUGCCCUGGUCGGUGGCAGUGGCGCGGGCGCCAAGGAGACGAAAACAAAGUUAAGCGUCGCGGGCAGGCGGCAGGCCGGCGCUGGAGCGGCAGCUGGCGGAACGAUGACCACGACAACACCAUCGCCGCUGGCAAGUGCCGCCCAAAUGGCAGCCAAGUCCUUUGAGGAGCUGGCCAUAUUUCCCAAUGGCACCGUUAACGAGGCUUAUCGACCGCUCAGCAUAUCCAUGUACCAUGUCCAUCUGCACCGCUGGCUGGAGGUCUUUCCGCGCGAACAGCUGCUGGUGGUCAACGGGGAUCGCCUCAUCGAGGAUCCAGUCUCACAGCUGAGGCGCAUCGAGGCGUUCUUAGGCAUUGAGCACCGUGUGAAGAGCGAACACUUCUACUUCAACGAGACAAAGGGAUUCUACUGCCUGCGCUACGACAACGGAGAUCGCUGCCUGCGCGAGACCAAGGGCCGAAAGCAUCCACAUGUGGAUCCCGUGGUGGUCUCCCGGCUGCGCAGAUUCUUUGCCGAAUACAAUCAACGCUUCUACGAGCUGGUUGGCGAGGAUCUCGGCUGGCCCGAGGAGUAGGCGCCGCAGAAAUCCUAAAUGAGAAACAUGGACUGUGGGACACACACAACCACCAGUGUGUGCAGUGCGAAGUGCAACGUCAACAGCAACAUCCCAGCAAAUAAAUCUGCCCGCCAGUGGUCAAUCCUAUGAGCUCCUGGUGCAGCAAUUUUAAUUGCACGCAGCAGAGGCGGCAACGGCAACGGCAACGCCAGCAGGAAGAGCAGCAGAAAAGAAGGGAAUGCAUGGCACAGUUUACCCGUGGUAUAUUUUGUGAAGUUUCACGAAAAAAUGUCUGCCUGGUCGGGUAGAAGUGGGGGGUGCAGCCCUCCCAGCCAACCCAGCCAGCAGCUCUGACAGUUCAAUUAUGCGCGCGUAUUGAAAAACUGCAUUCCCAUUUCCCGCAGCCCACCAGUUUCCAUUCCGCCCUGUCCACCCAUGCCCCUCCCCCACGCAUGCAAAUUUGCCUUCGCAUCAGAGAAAGGAAAUGAGAGAAAGAACAAGAAGGGGAAAAAACACUGAACUGUACGCAUUCCGAUGUGCAGCAGGCCAUGAAAAUGUGAAUGGUGGCAGAACUCGGUCUCCACAGAAGCACAUACAUAUCUGUGGCCCACACAUAUAUGGUCCACACACUAUAUAGCGAAAUAAAAGCAAUAUCUACAUGAUGUUCGAAGGUUACACACAGUUUUGUACGGUAUUUAUGUGUGUUUACCUUUCUCCCUCUCUGUCUCUCUCUCUCUCAGCCAGAUGAGUGUGUGCACGAGUGUCUGAGAGCAUAAAAAUUAAUUAAGCAACUAAAUGUGAUUUUAUAGCAUAUAAGCAUAGAACAAAUUGAAAAUGAUUGCAACCGAAAGAGAAGAAAAAUAGAGAGAGAGAGAGCGAGGGAGGGAGAGAGACAGAGAGUAAUGAAAAUCUCGCAUGAGAGAGUGAGGUGGGAGCUACAUGGGCCCCCACUAUGAGGAAAUUAAAAAUGUAUUUAGACUAACAGUCGGCUGAAUUAAAUGUGUGCAAAUGGAAACAACCACAAAACUAAAACAUAUCAUCCAAAUAGAGUGCAUAAAUAUGUAUGCGAUGCUCCAUCAAUGCAGCACAACAUAUACACACAUAUGUACAUACAUAUGUACAUAUGUAUUUACAUAAUUGAACUAAUGCCAUUUUUACAUCAUGUUAUAUAUCGGUGGCUAAACCAACCAUGAAAUCGAAACAUAUCAGCUGCAAUCGUCAGCGCAAAAAUAUACACAACAAACCAAAAAGAAAAUCUAUAUACAGAUACAGAUAUAUUAUUAUUAUAUACAAACAUAUCUUAGCGUGUAAGCAUCAAAUUAAUUGUAAAUGAUUUUGAUUUGGAACUAGUCUUUAGCGUGCGAUGUGUCAUGGAAUCGUCUUAGACAGAACUUUUAGCAGAAUACAAACAAACAAACAUACAAAAAAACAUAUCUUAGAUUAAUGAUGCACUGCCUAAACCAAAGAGAACAACAAAAAAACAAGCCUAGAGUUAUCUUAAUAGAUGAGUAAACUGCACCCACAUAGUGCGUAAGUUUAUUACGGAUAGUUUUUUAAUGCAUUUUUAGCCAGAUUAUUUUGUAUUCCUAAAGAGCGAACUCUACCUAUAGAUAAUCCUAAAAUAUACACAAACAAACAAACAUACAUAUCAGCGGUUUAGCUAAUGUUUAAACAUUUCGUAUGCAUAUCAAAACUCAGUGUGAACUACUUAGGAUAACACUCUACAUGGUAAUCCAAUUUCCUUUUAUAUCCCAGAUAUACAUACAUACUUACAUAAACGCAGACAUACUCGUAUGAAUAGAGGUACCUCCCCCCCUUUGGUUCGUGUGCCAGUGUUAAGGGAUCUUCAGCACAGAACUCGACUAGCGCUUAAAAGCAGUACUUAACAGAACAGGAAAUAGACUAUGAGAUUUAUAAGCCUUGUUUAUACAGACAUUUCCUUAUACACGAUAUGUAAUUGUACCGUACUAUCCCCCCCAUGCUGAUCUCUCAAUGACAAAGGAACCACGAAUGGAAUGAAACUAACCAAGCAAUAUCAAUUCAAAAGCAAGACUGAAGGUCCUCCGCAGAAUGUUUUACUCUUAUUUGUUUGUUACAAAAUGAUUUAUACUCGAUUCUGGAAAAUACAACCAAGCAAAAACCAAAAUAUUAUAGCAAAGACAACGAACAUUUCUAAUUUGUUUAUAUUUUUAUACAGAGAAGAAAGAAACGCAUGAAGAGAACCUUAACCAGAAACCGAAUGGAAAUCUCAACCAUUUCCAUUUUCAAAGUAUAUUAAUUAUAGCAAACAAAUUAUAUAUAUACAUAUAUAUAAUAUAUACGAGUAUAACUUAAGAGCGAUUUGUAGUUGCAUUUUGUCCUCGAACUUAAACUUGAACUACGCCAAUUGCAUACCAAAUACAUAUCAAAAGUAUAACUCAACUCUAGAUCCUCCAUUGAUAUUGAUAUAUUGAUAUUAUUGAUGUAUUGUCUACUUAAAUUGAACGUGCAAAACUCAAAAACUAUAAUGUACCUUAAAAAUCAACUCUAUUUCUUUAACUUUAACUUUAACUCUAACUAUAACUCAAAACUCUUUGCAACUUAUUCAAACUUUCAAUGUACAUAAAUACAAAAAGUAUUAAGCAAAACAAAAACCAAAAACCAAAAACAAAACAACAACACAAAAAGAAUCACCGAAAGGAAAACCAAACAAGACCGUAAAUCAAUUCAACAAAACUGUAAGAAAACCAACAAAACACAUUUUAAGCUAUGGAACAUUUUACCGCAUGCAAUAAAUAAAUGUAAUUCAAA